CGCGUCCUGUCGACAGAGUGGAAUAGGUCGUGGUUAUCUGUUGUUACCUUUUGUGCUUCGAAUUUAAGAGUGUCUUCACCGAACAUGGCCUCAGUGCAAGCGCCCUCAUCAAACGCCGGCAACAAUGCCUUCAGAGAUAAGGCGAAGCCUCAGGCGGUGCGGACCGCCAACAUCGUGGCUGCAAGAGCUGUCGCGGAUGCCAUCAGAACGUCCCUUGGACCUCGAGGAAUGGACAAGAUGAUUCAAACUGGCAAAGGCGAGACUCUCAUCACCAACGAUGGUAACACAAUGCUGAAAGACAUGAGUGUCAUGCACCCGGCUGCAAAGAUGCUCGUCGAUCUCUCUGCUGCUCAGGAUGUUGAGGCUGGUGAUGGAACAACCUCCGUUGUCGUCAUUGCAGGAAGUCUACUUGGAGCGGCGGAGAGACUGCUCGGAAAAGGAAUUCACCCGACCGUCAUCUCGGAAUCUUUCCAGCGUGCUGCCGCCGCUGCUGUUCAGACUCUCCACGACAUGUCACAGCCUAUCUCUCUGACGGACCGCGCUACCCUUCUCCAAGCCGCUUCUACGUCUCUUUCGUCGAAGAUUGUCUCUCAAUAUUCCAACCUCCUCGGCCCGAUGGCCGUCGACUCCGUUCUUAAGGUGAUCGAUCCUAAGACUGCUGACAAUGUCGACCUCCGUAACAUCCGGAUAGUGAAGAAAGUUGGCGGCACUAUUGACGAAAGCGAGAUGGUGGAUGGCCUUGUCCUUACACAGCCCGUGAUUAAGAGCGCCAACGGACCUACAAGAAUGGAGAAGGCCCGGAUAGGAUUGAUCCAGUUCCAGCUAAGCCCGCCGAAGCCUGAUAUGGAAAACCAGGUCGUUGUCAACGACUACAGGCAGAUGGAUAAGAUUUUGAAGGAGGAGCGAACGUAUCUUUUGAACAUGGUCAAGAAGAUCAAGAAGGCCAAAUGCAACGUUCUCUUCAUUCAGAAGUCUAUUCUCCGGGACGCUGUUAACGACUUGAGUUUGCACUUCCUCGCCAAAUUGAACAUCCUCGCAAUCAAGGACAUUGAGAGAGACGAGGUUGAGUUCAUUUGCAAGAGUACCGGCUGCAAGCCUAUUGCCGACAUUGACUCCUUCACGGAAGACAAGCUCGGCUCAGCGGAGCUCGUCGAGGAGGUCCAAUCCUCAGGCGCCCGCACAGUCAAGGUUACUGGCGUUAAGAGUGCUACCCAGACCGUCUCCAUUGUCUGCAGAGGAGCAAACUCUCUGAUCUUGGAUGAGGCUGAGCGUAGUUUGCACGAUGCGCUCUGCGUCAUUCGCUGUUUGGUAAAGAAGAAGGCUUUGAUUGCUGGUGGUGGAGCUCCCGAAAUUGAGGUCGCUCAAGCUCUUGCAAAACAGGCUCGUUCCCUGACUGGAACCGAGGCCAUCUGCUGGAAGGCAUUUGCCGAUGCGAUGGAAGUCAUCCCUACCACUCUCGCUGAGAACGCGGGCCUCAACUCGAUCAAGGUCGUCACAGACCUGAGACACAGACAUGCCAUCGGUGAAAAGAAUGCUGGUGUUAGCAUCCGAAGUGGCGGCGUCAAGAACAACAUUACUGAAGAGAAGGUUUUGCAGCCUUUGCUUGUCAGCACGAGUGCUAUUGAGCUGGCUGCGGAGACCGUGAAGAUGAUUCUGAGAAUUGAUGACAUUGCCCUUGCGCGAUAAAUCUAAAAAGAAGUUCUUUGAUUUAUUUGUAUGAUACUUGAGCCUCAUUAGACAUUUCAUCAACGGGAACACAUCAUUCAUAUUUUUGCUCAAAUAAGACCGG